CAAUUGUUAAAUCACAGAAGCCGACAGCUGUCGCAAAAAGAAUUUGUCAUAAAUAAGGACGUCAUAUUAUUAUAGCGAAAACCAAUGUAAGCAAAGCUUAAUAUACUUUAUGAAUAGCGAACCACGAAACAACAAUGAUUCGAUUGUGGCUUAUUCAAAACCAGAGGGAGACUCUCAUUUUAUUUCUUGUGUGGGCCAAAAGUACAUUUUCCAUAAACAAAAUGGCGAAAACAACUUGCUAUUUAACCGGUCGUUUUAGCAUUUAGAAUUACAGCGGAGCUUCACAUUACCCCUUUGAAUUCAUAAACGCGUAUUGAGCAGCCGUGCAUGUGUGCCCUAUUACCUAUGGAAUGGACUGAGCCGGGCAAUACCAUCUCCAUGGUGACACCAGGCCAGCUUGUCGCGCUGAUGACGUUUUUGAGUAGCGUGGUGAUGACGUGAUGUGUUUAUGUGUUGGAGCCGCUGAGGUAACGGGUUUGUCACGGUCAUGGCUAUGUUUCGGAACCUGGUGUCUUCAUCCCAGCACCGGCAACACCACUCUCAUCAGUCACCGGCGACUCCUUCAUCCGCAGACAGUUUAGAGACUCAGUAUGGCUGUCCCAUCUGCCUGGAGGUUUAUUAUAAGCCAGUGGCUAUCGGGAGCUGCGGACACACGUUUUGUGGUGAGUGCUUGCAGCCAUGCCUCCAGGUCCCUUCCCCGCUGUGCCCACUUUGCCGCAUGCCGUUUGACCCAAAGAAGGUAGAUAAAGCAACCAAUGUAGAUAAACAACUCUCUUCAUAUAAAGCUCCCUGCAGAGGGUGCAGUAAAAAGGUGACCCUUGCAAAGAUGAGAUCUCACAUUUCUUCAUGUGCUAAGGUACAAGAACAGAUGGCCAACUGCCCAAAGUUUGUUCCAGUAGUCCCAACAUCCCAACCUAUUCCCAGCAAUAUCCCAAAUCGGUCCACAUUUGUGUGCCCAUAUUGUGGAGCCCGUAACCUUGACCAACAGGAACUUGUAAAGCACUGCAUGGAAAAUCAUCGGAAUGACCCUAACAAAGUAGUAUGCCCAAUCUGUUCAGCAAUGCCAUGGGGAGACCCAAGCUACAAGAGUGCCAACUUCCUCCAACAUCUGCUCCACCGACAUAAAUUUUCUUAUGAUACAUUUGUGGAUUACAGCAUUGAUGAGGAAGCAGCCCUUCAAGCAGCCCUUGCUCUGUCCCUUUCAGAGAACUGACAAAACUUUUUGUCACCCGAUGUCCCACUUCUCGGUGCUACCACCAACAGCCGAGGCUUUGUACAUUCCUUCCAGAAUAUAGCAAUCACAUUUCCUUCUC